AUGGCCAUUGACACCCUCGACACUCUUCCCUCCGAAGUCCGCAACCUCAUCUUCGAAUACCUCCAGGCGACCACCCACAAGCCGACACUCUCCUCACUCAUGCGCGUCUCUCGAGGGAUGUACGCCAAGUCCAUGCCCCUUCUCUACGAGAGGGUCAGGCUCAAUGCCUCCAAUGCGGAGGCCUAUUUCGGGCGCCUCACGGCGAAUGGUCUUGGCGCAAUCGACGAGGAAAUUGCCUCUCAUAAGCCGCACCUCUCCCACUACAUUUGGCAGCUCGCGACAGUGGACUGCGAGCCCCCCUUGCCCAGCUUCGUCCCCUCUCCUAUCGCUCGGAAGAUCUGCCAGAUCUGGAGCACCAAAGAUGUCUUUCUCGAGGACGCUCCCACCGUUGCUUACCUGCAACAGGCUGCGACCUCCGUGCUUCAUCUCUACCGCCAGCUUGAGCAGAACCUGGACGGCCAGGUGGAGGAUAUGAAGUAUGUAUCCGAAUAUGUGUUGGACGACCUUGAAUCGCUGGUUCUGGGAGAGCCUCUGGCCAGGAGCCUCAUCCACUAUCCCAAGGUGUGGGAGAGUGUUGCAAACACGAUCCGAGAGGACAUUGAUACCCGCAGCCUUUGCCUUCGGAUCCCUGCCGAUUGUGCCAGUGCGAGUGCGGCCCAAUAUUGCAGGGACAUGCUGUCGACGAACCUGGACCCAGAGAACAUCUGCGUGUUGUGCAUCCACAAUGCAAAUCCCCUGGAUUACAUGUUCAAGCUCAACGUAUAUGAGAGCUUGCACUUCUUUCUCCGGCCUGAGGACUCACCGGGUAUGCUCUCACAUGAGGCGAGCAUCGGGGCCUUCAUGUCCUCUCUCCUCGCGAGCAUCAAGGAAUCACAAUCAACAUUGCUCCUCCCCGACCAAAUUCAUUUCUACAACAGCCAAUUCACAGCUGUAGAUCGGGUCUCUCACCAGAGUUGGAGUUUCUGGGACGAAUUGGAGAGGGAAAAGAAGGACCGGGCAGCCACACCGGGAAGGGAUUUACACUGGCCUGUCACACUCAAGCUAUUCGGUACGGACGAGAAGGUCGCCUGUCCCGUCUGUGGGGAGACUGUGUAA